CCGGGACGAGAUCAACUCCACUCAUUCUGCUCUGAAACUUCAUUGUAAAUCAGCCAUUUACCCAAGUCCUGUGUAGGAGGAGAAUGCACUUUCCCCCCAAACAUUCCCUCACAUUAUUGCCAGCCCGAAACCAUGGCAAUGAUCGGUGACUCCAUCGAGAACUUUGAGCAGAUCCUUGUCUCUGUAUCCAGCUCCCGCCCUCUCACGCUCCACACCAGUGCUACAUCCUAUAUGACCACAGACGAAACCCAGAUAAAGUCCCUGGACAAAGAUACCCUACCCCCUAGGAUGAAUCAACGUCAAGACAUUGGUGGAGAAACCCACGCUACAAAAGAGUUGUAUGACAACGGCUUCAAUCGCCCACCGGCUCUUGUAUUAAAGGGUGCCACAACUCCAUCAACUGCCGCCUCAGUCAUGGGUAGCAGAUCGUACCUCCUUCGUGGUCAGGACUUGGACGGUGUAUCUGUCUACUUCUCCCCCCUCACUGACACUUUUCCAAAGGGGAUCAAAAACGGACGAACUCCACAUCAAAAGGACUCAGUCUACGGCUCUGGCUGGGUCGCACAAAAGGCGAACCUGGAUCCACACUACCUCCAUAAGAUGGCCAAGCUUGACCAAGAAGUUUCUGCUUUCUUGAAAGACUCUCCCACCCGUCGCAGUCACAGUGCGCGGUCACGGCACCUCAGUUUGGGCCGUGAAAUUACAAUCGAUCAGGAUAUUUUCUCACUACACGAAAACAAGCUGGACUCCGAUAGCGGGGAUCACAGGUCUCUGCUCAAGCGGAGUAAGGCCAUUCGAAGAAAGAUCAAUACGUUUGUCUACAAGCUCAAGAACUUUAAGAAGUAUAGUUUAAAGCAGCUCAAAAAGUGGAGAAUCAUUAUAAAGCGGAAGGCCUUGGUUGGGGUUAAGCCUCCUCGCAGGUCUCCCUCCAUGCUUCGCCUGCCAACCGUCUAUCUGAGCCAAAGUGCCAGCACUCUUCGGUUGCCGCGAGUGCGCUCCAACCAGAAACCUGGUUCUCGGCUAUUAUCUCCAAUCGUUGCUCUGCGAGGGAAAUUCCCGAUGACAGAUAACUUACACCCCAUGAGCCUCCGCCCGGCUCCAGGACAAGGUACCAGCGUGCUGGUGGGCUACCAGAAGGUGCACCGCACGAGUUGUUUUGUUGAUGACCAAAACCAGAGCUACUUGAACAAUAUCUCUUCUUUCAAGAACUCCUCUGCCUAUUUUGAUACCUUUGAUGAGAUGAAAGCCACCCAAGCCCAGUAUAAGCACAGAGAAACGACGCCAGACGCCAGAGAGGUGACUCCAGAUACAGAUGGAACGUCACUAAAGCACUUCCUGUCAGAGCCCGAGGAAGACGUUGGAGUCAAUCCAGAGGCAGCGGAGAAUGAAAAACUCAGAAAGUUCUGGAAAAUAUACUUGUUCAACACCGUCAUGACAAGGAUCAAAAUGAGGCAGGAGAUCGGGCUAUUGUACAACGCAGGCGAUGAGUAUGAGAUGGAACGGAAGUUGAAUAGUUCUAGAAACAGGGUCUUGCACGAAAUCCGUCAGAAUUACUACGAAGAGGUGGCAUCCGACGAAAGCUCUGAAGAGGCAGAUGACUACGAAUCCCUAACCGUUCGGCAAGCCACCACUGUGGAUGACUUGGACAGUGAUGCCUCACAGGUCACCAACGAAAGUGAUUACUACUAUAAUGAAAUCCCCGUUUCCCACGCUUCGUACCCAGAAAUGGUUGUCAAGUCUGAACCUUUGGCAUCGUGUAACAUACUCGGUUCCGUCCCGGAUUUGAAACCUACUACUCAGUCCUUCAUCAGUGAUUCUGGUGUGAGUCUUCAGGUUAAGAAGGAAGAUGAUACACUUCCAAUGGUUAAGAUAGAGGAAGAGAAAGCACUUCCAAUGGUCAAGUUGGAUAAAGAGGGAACACUUCCAAUGGUUAAGACGGAGGAAGAUUACAACUUCCUGCCUCUUUCCCCGAACAAAGAGAUCAGUAAAGGCUUUGAUUUGCCUGCUCCGAAUUUGACUGCUGACAUAGACGAUUUUGAUUUCAGGCCCCCGGUGGCAGCCAUGAGUAGCAUGUCUUUGAUGUCCUCGCUCUACAGUGAGAACAAACUCUUUAACAUCUAUUUGAACGCCGAUGGCAAUUCGGCUGGUGCAUACAAGUCCGAUUCUUUUCUGGGCCGCAGUUCCCUUCCAAAGUCUCGUUCACUCUACCAGGUAUCUCCUCAUCAACGCUGGUCAAUGUAUGAUGCCAGCGGUCUGCCUCCACGGGGUUCUCUGGGAAUGAAGAAGAGUGAGAACUAUCGUAACUUGCAUGAAACUCUCAAGGCUGCAAGUAUUUAACUUGAGUUUUAUUCGAUUCCUAGUUUAUGAGUCCAGUAAUAAAUGGUUUGUCGAUGUC